AACCUUUCAACUCCCUUCCAACUCAUCAUCCCUUCUCCUCUUUCUUUUUCUUUUGCCCAUCUCAAAGCUAGCUGUUUGUCUCCUAAAUGGCCCAAUCUACUCAACCAAAAAGGCCAAGAGAGGAUGAAACCCAUAAAGCAGAAGAAGAUAUCAUAAAGCGCCAAAAGCAAUACAAUGAAUUAAUCCUCUCCAUUCUUGAAGAUGAACAAGACGACCCUAAUUACCAAGACUACUUUUCUGAUGAUAUUUUCUCAACUCUUGAGCAAGAGCUUUCUUCUCCUUCUUCUUCAUGUGAUUCCUGGCCUUAUCCUUUAGCCACUCAUGAUGAAGUUGAGCCUGACGUGGCAGCUUCUGACUCAGUAACUUCUAAGGAAGAAGAGGAAGAUGACGGAAACAACUUCAUUAGACACCUUCAAGAAGCAUCUGAUGAUGAGCUUGGUAUAACUCUUCCCAGCACUGAUGAAGUGAAAGGUGAUAAUAUUGUUGAUGAAUUGAAUGGAACCAACUGUGGAGAUUUACCAUUUGCUUUAUCUGAUGGUUUAUGGGAGUUUGAAGAUCAUGAGGCUGCUAACUACUAUUCUUUGUUAAAUUCUGAAUUUUUCAUGUAACCUUUUUCCUUUUUUAGGUGUUGUUUGGUAGCUGCAUGUAUUCCUUCUGUCCCACUUUAUAUUAGGGGUUCGGAGUACGAAGGUCGAAGCAGUUAAUCUUUGACUCGAUUUCAAACAUAGGUUAUUUGAGUAUUCUAUAAUAAGGAUUUACAUAUUAGUAAUACAGGGAUUAAUUAAGGAAUUUAUGUUGCCAGUAUACUAUGUAGGAAUUAGUUACGCAAGAUUUAGUUAUUCAUGUAUUAGCUAUUCCAUCUUCUAUCAUGUACAAAAAACUACUAUACAUGUGUUGGGAUUUUGAAAUUGCAAAUCAAACACUGUAUUAGAUGUGUUGAAUCUAAUGAAGCAAAAAAAUAUUACCAAACGUAAUAUUACUUAUGCAGAAUUUAAUUCCUGCUUAACUGAAUUAGUUCCUAACCAACUACCAAACGGUC